AUGGCACCCAAGGCUGCUGAGAAGAAGCCCAGCACUGGCGGCAAGGCCCCUGCUGGCGGCAAGGCCCCUGCUGAGAAGAAGGAAGCUGGCAAGAAGACCGCGGCUGCUGCCUCUGGUGACAAGAAGAAGCGUGGAAAGACCAGGAAGGAGACUUACUCUUCUUACAUCUACAAGGGUGUGUGGCAACGUUACCCUAGUUCUGAGUCCAGAAAGCUAACGAUAAACCUAGUCCUGAAGCAGGUCCACCCCGAUACUGGAAUCUCCACUCGUGCCAUGUCUAUUCUGAACUCCUUUGUCAAUGACAUCUUCGAGCGUGUCGCAACCGAGGCCUCCAAACUGGCCGCUUAUAACAAGAAGUCCACUAUCUCGUCAAGGGAGAUUCAGACCUCUGUCAGACUUAUCCUGCCAGGUGAAUUGGCGAAGCAUGCUGUGUCGGAAGGCACCAAGGCUGUUACGAAGUACUCCUCUUCUGCCAAAUAA